CGAGUUUUAGCACAACCUAUUGCUUUGUUUGGCUCGCCACGAUAAACGCAUCAUUCAUUGCGGGCCUCAGGGCGAAGAAGCGCUCAUCCUCUCCUGACCCCCCAGGGUCCUAUGAUGCGCUUGAGCGCGUCCCUGCGGCCCCUAUACUGGACUACUCCUGUAUUCAUAUUCACAAAGAACCAAUUAGAAUUAGAGAGAUCGAUAAAGAUUGUGCUAACGAGACCGAGA